AUGGAAAUUACAGGAACUAUUUUUGGUAUGCGAGAUGCAAAAGUAGAAAAUUCAUCAAGUUCUCAAACAACUAAAGUUACAGUUUAUAACAUUGGAAAUGGCAAUUUCUAUGUCAAUACGCCAGGGUUUGAUAAUUCUGACGAAAACAAGAACGAUGAUGAGACUGCACCAACAGCGUCAUUUAAAAGAGAAGCGAAGUUUAUAGAAUCAUUAGCAAGAGAUUACGAUAGCAAUGUUUGGGACAAUACUAUUAUCGUUACUAAAGGAGACAAGAUUGAAAAUGGCCCUCGAGAAGCAGCUAAAGAAAUAGCAAAGAGUGAAUAUGAUAAGAAAAAAGAAAAAUGUGAUCGAAUGACAGAAAAUAAAAAUGAUUUGCUUGCAAAAACUAGUGACUUUGCGAUUUUGUUGUUUGAAAGCUUGCCGUCUAUAAAUGUUUAUGUUGAGGGUAAUUUUACAAGUGAUCAAUUAAACAGAUUUAAUAUUUUUAAAGAAUCUGAACCUGGUCGAAUUCUUGCAAAAUAUAAUUUAUUGAUGAAUGAACAUUCCAUGCAUCUGAUAAAGAUCAAUUUCAAAAAAGUCAAAUGUUUGAAUUGUCCUAAAGAGACUGAUCCAAGGCUAGCAAUUUCAGAGUGUCAUUUAGAAGCAGAGUCGUUUCAUCCAGAGACGGUUAAAAUUCAUUUAUAUAAAAUUAUACAUGUAUAUUCGAACAAUCUUGAUGAAUAUCACCCUGGUCUUUUAAAAGCUUACCAUCCUGGCUCAUAUAUGCCUGUGCACUCUGGUGUGCCUAUUGAUACUCAAAUCAAUUACAAUCCUGGCGAAUGUUUUAUUCAUGUAAGAGUGUUUAUUCCUGUUGCAAAAAUAAUAAUAAUAGUUGUCACAAUGAGUAUGAGUAUUGUGGUAGAGAUUUUUAUAGUAAAGGAUGCAAAGAGCGAUAUAAUUGCUGCAAUGGAUCUUGCACAAAACGCGCAAAGUGAUGUACAUCAAGUUCAGCUCCAAUUAAAGCUGCAAAAUGUGAAAAAACAAUUAACAAUUUACUCAAGUCAAAAUUCAUG